UGGAUGUGUAGGAAGUAGUAUGGAUUAUAGUGAUACUUUGCAUGGUACAGAAAAUGUAUUACCUUCAACACAACAAGGCGAUGGACCACCCCAAACUGUAGAUAAUCAAGAAAAUGAAAAUAAGGGAGGAGAAGACACUAAUUUACCUUUAAAACAGAUUCCCAAUUUUUAUGAAGUUAACCCAGUUUCCAGUGAAUCUGAAGUUUUGUCACAUCAUUUUUUCAAAGAAUUUGAACCGAUGUUGAAAGAGACAAAAGCAAAACUAACCGACAUUGAGCAAAACCAGAAGGUUCUAAUCGAAAGUUUGGAAAGAGAGGGUGAAAAACUGAAGGAAAAUGGAGACUUUGUUGAGAUUGAAUCUGCAAUGUCUACAGUCCAUUCUUACAGGGUGAAACUUAAAAGGAUUAAAAGAAAUAUGUCUUACCUUAAAGAAGCGACUAUGAGAUUGCAAAAAGAAGCAUUUCAUUUGGAGCAACUCAAACGGAAAGAAAUAAAAAAAGAAGAAGAAAGAAGCAAGAAAAUGUUGGAAGCUGAAAGCAACUUGACUGCUAAGUUAUCAAAACAGUCAAAAUAGCCACCUCAUAGUUUUGUAUAAUUGAAAACCUGAAAUAUUUAUCAUACAUUGAAGUUGGAGUUAUAAUUUUUCUUUUCAAUGCAUCAUGCAUACAUUGAUUGAUAACAGACUGGUAAUUUUUUUUUUUUUUUCUUGUAUUCGCAUGAUGUGUAAUAUUUCAUUCAUUAUUUUUUAUUAUGUGUUGUUGCAGUAAACAUAUGUAUGUGUAUUGUACUUGUUACCUUCCAAA